AUGGAUCGCAAGAGCCAAUCUCCUGGCCUUGGCCCCCGUCAUGAUACCUCAUCAAGAGUGCAGAAGACCGAGUCUGCGGCGGACAGGGUGGCUGCACUCAAGGCCCGUGUCGCUGCAGCAAUCGGAACCAGCAAAGCGAAGGGCGGAUUGAACGUUGGCCUUCAUCCUGCUUUGGAAGACUUGAGUUCAUACAAACCCUCAAGUAAAUCAAAUGAUUCGAUGCCAUUACCUCCGAACACGCGAGCAGAUAAGCCUCGAGCCCAUGAUGCGUCGAAGCUAGGUUUGGGCAACAAGCAAAAUGGAGAAAACCCCUACUUUGAUCCCAAUCUCUCAGCGCAGCCAAGCGGAGGGAAAGCGCGCCAGUCUCGGUCCCUCGUGUUUAAUCAAAAGGGCAAAUAUAUCGCACAGGCCAAUGCUCUACGUCGACAGGCUGCCCUUGAGGCGAUGAAGAAACGGAUUGCAGAACAGACUCGAAAGGCUGGUAUUGAUGAUGACCUCGAUGUGGAGAGAAAUUUUGUUGUGGAAGCGCCACCAAACAUCGAGUGGUGGGAUGAAGGACUUGUUGAUGGGGGCAGUUACGAUGUGUUAGACGACCCAUCGAAACUUAAACUCACUACUUCCGACAGCAUUAUCACCGAAUACAUUCAGCAUCCAGUUGCCCUAGAACCACCUCAAGAUCGACAUCUUCCGGCCGCGAAGCCGAUGUUUCUGACACAUAAAGAACAACAAAAGCUGAGACGACAGCGUCGAAUGGCUGAGUUGAAAGAGAUGCAAGCUAAAAUCCGUCUAGGAUUGGUGCCAGCUCCUCCUCCCAAGGUCAAGAAGGGCAAUCUGAUGCGUGUCCUCGGUGACGUUGCCGUCAAAGAUCCCACCGCUGUUGAAGCACGUGUGAAUCGUGAAAUCGCUGAACGUCACCAAAAACAUGUCGAAGCGAACGAAGAGAGAAAGCUCGAUAAGGACCAAAAACAGGACAAGCUUGCGACCAACCAAGAGAAAGAUGCAGAAAAGGGAAUUCACAUGCUGGUUUUCAAGAUCGGAAGCCUGGCGAAUGGGCAACAUCGAUACAAGAUUGGUGUCAACGCUGAGCAAUUAGCACUAACAGGGACAUGCAUCAUGCACCCCAAAUUCAACCUCAUUAUUGUGGAGGGAGGUGAAUGGAGUAUCAAGAAGUACAAGAAGCUCAUGCUUAACCGGAUCGACUGGACCGAGAACUCGCCGUCAAGAGACCGAGAUGGCAAACAAGGUGCCACUCGCGAUUGGCUUCUUGCCGAGAAGGAUAACGGCGAGCUCAAGGACAUGUCGAUGAACGAAUGCAAGCUCGUCUUUGAAGGUGAAGAGAAGGCGCGAGCGUUCAGAAAGUGGGGGAGUAAGGUUUGCGAGACAGAUUCUGAAGCGAGAGAUGCAUUGGCACGAACCAAAAUGGAUAACUUCUGGCAACUUGCAAAGGGUUUCGCUUAA